AUGUGGCGCAACAGCGACGGCCGGUGGCGACUCGGCGGCCACAAGUCGCGUCGCCGGCUCGUGCUCUUCCUCGCUGCCACCUUCGCCUACCAGCUAGCGCUCUACUAUGUCUUUCCAGCGCUCUGCGUCAUCUGGUUCUGCGCGUACCCGUUCUGGCUCGCCACGAACAUGCUUCGCUGCGGCCAUGGCCGGUCGUGGGCGACCUACCGCGACCGCCUGAACCACUACACGAGCCGCACGAUCGGCUUCUUGUGCCGCAUUGAUGUGCACCUGCUCAACGUGUACGAGCGCAAGUCGAUCAUCGAGACGGACCCGAAGCGGCCAGCAACAGCGAGCGUUUGCCUUGUGCUGAGCCUUAUGGUGUACUUUUACGGCUGGAAGGCGUGGGCGGUCAAGUACAUCUUGGAACUCAUCUUCUUCCUCUGCACGCUCGGGUGGCACCAGAUCUACACGCCGGCGACGACCACGACGACGCCUGAUCGCACAACGACCGAAGGCUCAUACGACGUCACAGUCGGGACCAUGGCCGCGGCGCUGGGCAUUUGGUUUGGAGCCUACGUCGUCAGCCUCUGGUUCGCCAACAUUAUCAACACGGUCACCAACGCGUGUACGGCGCCCGUCGUGCGUGAUAAGCUCUCGGGCCACGACUUUAUGCUGCCAGUGCAAGGUAGUGCCCUCCCGGUGCCCAAGCCUGACGAAGGCAGUGACGCACCGACCGUCCCUGCCCCUCCGAUUACGUCGAAGCGCAGCGAUUUGUUUUGCAUUCCGGUUCCGCUUGAGCCCUUUGUCCAAGGCCAUACUGGGCAGGCUCCGGGUGAUUCUCAGGUCAUGCCGUCACCGCCGGCUGUACCGUCGCCACCAACCAUUCCGUCGCCGCCGACGCCGCCAGCUAUAAUACCACCCGUGGCGCGGCCGCCGAGCCAAAGAAGCGACGGCCGAAAGACUAAUGUCGGUCGGCUCACCACUCUCGAGGUGUCACCGCCUCAACUGACGCCAUACACUGCGCCAGCACAACGCGACGAAGACGCAGAAGAGCCAUCAAUUGUCGACGUCAAAAUGCGAGCUACGAUGCAUUCGACGCCCAAGACUUUGUGA